AUGGCCUCUGAGGUGGUGUGCGGGCUGGUCUUCAGGUUACUGCUGCCAAUGUGUCUAGCAGCCGCUUGCCUAUUCAGGUACAAUGCCCUGUCCUUCAUCUACCUCAUCUAUCUCCUGCUUAUUCCACUCUUCGCGGAGCCCACAAGCACAACAAUGCAGGGCCACACAGGGCGUCUGCUGCAGUCCCUCUGCUUCACCAGUAUGUCCUUCCUGCUGCUCCACAUCAUCUAUCAGAUUACCGUCAACAGCCUCCUGGCAAAAAGCACCAUCUCCUCGGACUUCAACUGUUCCACGUGGGAGAAAUCCAUCAGACAAAUUGGCUUUGAGAGUGUGAUUGGUGCAGAUGCAGGGAACGGCAUCCGAGUCUUCAUCCCUGACAUCGGCAUGUUCAUGGCCGGCUUGGCCAUCUGGCUCCUGUGUCGCAGUCUGGUCCAGAAGAGGCCGCCUGAGGACAUGACCCAGUACAAUGAACACUUUGAAUCAGAGGAACAAGAGGAAGAGGAGAAGCUGAGCCUGGACGACAACAUCCUGCUGGAAGACGACUUUGAAGCGGGGUACGAGGCCGAGGAGGAUGAGGAGCUGGAUGAGGAGGAAGAGGAGGAGGAGGAGGAAGAGGAAGAAGAGGAGGUGAAGGAGAGCAUGAAGAGUAAAAUCCUACGCACUGUGGCGGAGGUGGCAUCAAAGGUGAAGGAGAUUAUCGGGAACUUGAUCACCACUGCUGGGCAGGUGGUGGUCACCAUCUUGUUGGGCAUGACAGGCAUCAUGCUGCCCUCAGUGACCUCGGCUGUUUACUUCUUCAUCUUUCUGUUCCUGUGCACCUGGUGGUCCCUCCGCCGGACCUUUGACACGCUCAUCUUCAGCUGCAUGUGUGUCCUGAUGGCCAUCUUCAGCGCUGGACACCUCAUCGUCCUCUACCUCUACCAGUUCCAGUUCUUCCAGGAGUCCAUCCCUCCAGGCGACAACUUCAUAGUUACAUUUGGCAUCUCCCCCAUUGUCCAGACCAACUGCUCCCACACGUGGAAGCUCAUCGUGCACCCGGAGCGUAAGUGGUUCCACUUUGUCAGCCCCAUCAUGCUGCUGAUUCUCUACUACACCCUGGCCACGCUCAUCCGCCUCUGGCUGCAGGAACCUAUCGACCAGCUGACGGACGAGAAGGACGAUGAUAUGUGUGAGGAGGAAGAUCUGGACGGACAAAAUAACUCAGCCAACAGGAAGAGGCACAUGUGGUGGGAGUCACGCCAAGGCACAGAUGAGAAAAACCUCCUCUCAACCCAGGAUGGCAUCAGUACAACUGAGGCUGUGCCCAAUGGGACGUCCUUUGAGUUUGUCACAACUGAGAAUGGACCAGUCUGUCUGGACUUGUACUCAACCCCCCAGUAUAAACUGGACCCGCCUGGCGAUGGUACAGAGAAGAAGGAUGAGUGUGUGUAUGAGGUGUGUUUACCCCCGGAGGAUUCAGUGUUGGACGGAGGAGAGGAGAAGUCUGAGGAGGGAGUGGACGGGAUAAAGAAAAGAGGAGUCGGAGCGAUGGUCAAAAUCUUCCACUUUGUCAUGAAACAGAGCUACAUCUGUGCCCUCAUAGCGAUGAUGGCGUGGAGCAUCACAUAUGUCAGCUGGCUGACGUUUGUCUUCCUCAUCUGGUCUUGCGCGCUGUGGAUGGUGAGGGACCGGAGGCGCUACGCCAUGCUGUCAUCUCCCUUCAUGGUGGCCUACGGCAACCUGCUGAUAGUUCUGCAGUACAUCUGGACUUUUGAGAACAUGAAACCAAUCUCAGGGUUCUUUGUCAAGAAGAACAAUCCGUUCCACUCACUUUCAUCCAAGGUCCUGUGUAUGCUGAGCUUCUGGCUGCUGCUGAGACAAACGCUCACAGAGAGAUUGGAAAAACAAAAGGAGGACAGCGCUAGUCUCUCAGAUGUUCAUGUGGAGGAUCAGAAGAAGAAGGAGGAAGAGGAGUCUGAGGAGGGAGGGGAGCAGGACAUCAUGCAGGUCCUGGGCGGCAUGGUCAUGGCUAUGCUGGUCAAAUACUGGAUCUACAUCUGCGGUGGCAUGUUUUUCUUCGUCAGCUUCGAGGGCACCAUCGUCAUGUACAAGAUCAUCUACAUGAUGAUGUUCCUCUCCUGUGUGGCGCUCUAUCAGGUUCACUUUGAGUGGUGGCGAAGGAUCCUGAAAUACUUCUGGAUGUCGGUGGUGAUAUACACCAUGCUGGUCCUCACCCUCGUCUACACCUGCCAGUUUGAGAACUCGAUGGCCGUCUGGUCCAGAGUGACGCAAAUGAAUGAGACGAGCUUGAAUGACCUGGGCUUGGAGACUUUUUCUCUCUCCACGCUGUUCACCAGGAUUUUCAUACCCACUUCCUUCCUGCUAGUGUGUAUUCUCCACCUGCACUAUUUCCAUGAGCGCUUCCUCCAGCUCACUGACCUCCAGGCUGUAGUGGCCAAAGAGGAGAGCACGAUCUACAGGCUGGUGCACCAGGAUGGCAGCCUCGCGGACCUCACCAUGCUCAGCGCCAGUUCAGUGGAGGCGGCGCUGCCCAGAGAGGAAGCAGAGACACAGGAGAAACAGGAGGAGCAGGAGGAGCAAGAACAGCGGGGGAAGUGGCAGUCGGAGGAGAAAGAGGAGGAGGCCCUGGUGGUGGUGAUGUGUGACGCUGAAAAGACUGGUGAGAAGCCUGGGAGCCUCUCUGACCCGCGGCAGUCCAGCACGGAGGAGAGCCACCAUUGCAGUGCGAAGACGGAGCCAGAGCCGAGCACGGAGCAGAGCACGGAGCAGAGCUCAGACCUGAAGAAUAAAUGGCACCUGGUGGUCGACCGUCUAACUGUGCUCUUCCUCAAGUUCCUGGAGUAUUUCCACAAACUGCAGCUGUUCGUCUGGUGGCUGCUGGAAAUCCACAUCAUCAAGAUUGUGUCCUGCUACAUUGUCAUGGUCUGCGUCAAAGAGGUGUCUCUGCUCAACUAUGUAUUCCUGGCAUCCUGGGCCUUCGCACUGCCCUACAGCCAGUAUCGACCCCUGGCCUCUAGUAUUUGUACUGUGUGGACAUGUGUCAUCAUUGUGUGCAAAAUGUUGUACCAGCUGAAGUCUAUUGACCCACCAAAACCCGACUGCCACAUGCCAAAUUACACAAGUGCACUGAAGGAUGAGAUGAAGAAUUCUGUCCUGUAUGUGAGUUCUGUGGAACCAGUACACUGGGUGGGCCUGAGGAAGGUUGAUGACCUGCUGGACUACCUCAGGAACAACCUCCUGAUGCUCGCUCUGUUAGCAUUCGAGGUAACCAUCUACCGCCAUCAGCUGUACUAUAGACUGAGAAACAAACUUUCACCUCCUGCAGCCAGGAUCAUCUUCCACGACAUCACACGGCAUCAUCUGGACAUGGGCAUCGUCAACUUCGUCAAAUACUUCAUCAACUACUUCUUCUACAAGUUUGGACUUGAGACGUGCCUGUUGUUGGUGGUCAAUGUCAUCGGGCAGCGUAUGGACUUCUAUGCCAUGCUCCAUGCGUUCGCCUUGAUAGCUGUCAUGUUUAAACGCAGAAGGAAAGCCAUUGCUGAGAUCUGGCCCAAAUAUUGCUGCUUCCUCGCUUGCAUGCUGACUUUCCAGUACUUUGUAUGCAUCGGGAUCCCACCUGCAUUCUGCACAGACUAUCCCUGGAGGUUUGUCGACUCCACUACAGACUCCAACGUGAUCAAGUGGCUCUACCUUCCAGAUUUCAAUACCAAACCCGACUCAAUGUUCCUCAUCUAUGACUUCAUGUUGCUGCUGUGUGCCUCCAUGCAGAGGCAGGUCUUUGAUGAUGAGAACAAGGCAGCAGUCCGCCUCAUGGCUGGAGACAACGUGGAGAUCUGCAGAGACCUGGACGCCGCCUCUUUCAGCGUCCACAACCCUGUUCCCGACUUCAUCCACUGCAGGUCCUACCUGGACAUGCUGAAGGUCAUCAUGUUUAGCUACCUGUUCUGGUUUGUCCUCACCAUCAUCUUCAUCACGGGGACCACACGCAUCAGUGUCUUCUGCAUGGGCUACCUGGUGGCCUGCUUCUACUUCCUGCUCUUCGGUGGUGAGCUGCUUCUCAAACCAAUCAAAAAGAUCCUGCACUACUGGGACUUCCUGAUCGCCUACAACAUCUUUGUGAUCACCAUGAAGAAUAUUCUGUCUAUCCUGGCUUGUGGCUACAUCAACUCUCUGGCAAAGACACAUUGCUGGUUGGUCCAGUUGCUCAGUCUCGCCUGCACCAUCAACGGCUACAACAUCGAGAAGUCAAAGGACUCAAAAUGUGACCAGCCCAGCGACGAGGCCGGGAUCAUCUGGGACAGCAUCUGCUUCGCCUUCUUGCUGCUGCAGAGACGAGUCUUCAUGAGCUACUACUUCCUCCACGUGGUGGCUGAUAUCAGAGCGUCACAGAUCCUCGCAUCCAGAGGGGCGGAGCUAUUCCAAGCCACCAUAGUGAAGGCGGUGAGAGCCAGACUGGAGGAGGAGCGCAAAUCUGUGGAGCAGCUGAAGAGACAGAUGGAGCGCAUUAAGGUGAGGCAGCAAAAGUUUAAGAGGGGCAAGGAGAAGAUGCUGAGCAUAGCGCAGGAGUCUGGAGAAGGACAGACCCUAGUCCAGCCCGAGGAGGAGGAUGAUGAUGAUGGAGCACAGCCAACGAAAGCCAAGACCAAAAAAAAGCAGUGGUGGAGGCCGUGGGUUGACCAUGCUUCCAUGGUUAGAAGUGGAGAUUAUUACUUGUUUGAAACUGACAGUGAGGAGGAAGAAGAGGAGGAGGAGAAAAAGGACGAGGAGCCGCCAAAGAAGUCGGCGUUCCAGCGAGCUAUUGGGAAGUUUGCCUCUGCUGUUCUGGCUUUGCCCAAGUCUAUCAUUAAGCUGCCUAAAACUAUACUGCAGUAUGUAGUCAAGGCAGGAAAGUUUCUUUAUCACGCCUGGAUCACAGACCCCAAAGCUGCCCUGAGGGCGCGAGGCAAAGAGAAACGCAAAUUUUGGAAAAAAUACACAAGAGGAGUCAGACGCAGAAAAACAAAAAAAGAUGGUCAUGUGGCCAUCGAGGUUGGUGAGCUCUCAGAUGGGCAAGAAAAAGGAGAGAACAAGAAGUCUGGUGGUCCAGACAACAUCAUCAAGCGAGUGUUCAACAUCAUAAAGUUCACCUGGGUGCUCUUCCAGACGACAGUGGAGAGCUUCACCAAGUGGAUGAAUGAUAUGUGCAGGGAGUACAUUGACAUCUCCACUGUGCUGAAAAUAGAGCGCUGCAUGCUCACCAGAGAGGUCAAAAAGGGUAACGUGCCGUCCAGAGACAGCAUCCACAUCUACUACCAGAAGGCCAUGAGGCUCAACAUGUCCAGGCAGGCCAGUAUGGAUCAGCUAAACGAGGAUGAGUUGGACUCGGGCUCCAGCAGGGUCCGCAGAGCGCGAGGAAACUACCGCAUGGAGAGCCAGGACUCCACAGCCUCAAGAGACAGCAUGCCCAGUGUCUCCACCGUGGCAACCACACUGUUUUCUCGCCAAUCCACCCUGGAAGAUCUCGAUGGCAUGCCAGAGUGCAUUGCCAACAUUCCCAAAACCAGUGAGCGCGCCAGGCCCAAGCUGCGUAAGAUGUAUGGCCUGGACCAGUCCAACUCAUCCAUGGACAGUGGCAGCAGCUUCAUUUCCAGUGAAGCGACCCAGAGCGUCAUACUCUUCUCCAGACAGGGCACCACAGACACCAUAGAGGAAGUGGAUGAUGAGCAGGAUCAAGGGGAAGACAAGCAGCAGGCUCCCUGGGAAUCUCAACAGCAGGAGGAGAGUCAAGAGGCCGAGGGUGGUCCAUGGAUUGAUGUAGAACCCAGGGAGAGAGAGGAGGAAGAGGAAAAGGAGGAGGACGAGGAGCAGGAGCAGCAGGAGGAGGAGGAGAAGGAGGAGGAAGAGGAAGAGGAGGGACUUGAAGGACUAGAAGGCCUGGAGGGUGAGGAUGCAGAAGAUGAACCAAUGGACCAGGACAGCAAAGAGAGAGAAGAGGCUCCCUGGGACUCCUUUGGCCCAGAUGAGGGCCCCUCACUCAGGGUGGAGGACACAGAGUGUGUUCCCUCUGCCCAGGAGAAGGAUUUCAUCACUGAAAGUGAGGACGGGGGAGGACAGCAGGACUUCAUGCAGACAGAGGGGCGAGUAGGGUUCCUCUACACUCCUGAUACAGACGCCUCUAAAACAUCUGACGCUGACGUGCCUCCCAGCUACAGCAAGGCGGUCAGCUUUGACCGUCUGGAAGUAAGCGAUGACGAGAGUGACAUGGACAACAGGAAGAGGCGUAUGAUCAUGACCUCUGACAGCCGCUCGGACAGCAGGUCAGACAUCAUGUUGCCCUCUUUCACCACUGAGCUAACCGCCAGCGACCUGCUGCUCAACAAGAUGUUUUAUGAUGAAGAGCUGGAGCAGUCAGAUAAAUUCUACCGAGGGCAGCCACUGAUCCUCCAGCUCUGCUACGCCCUCUACAACAUGCUGGUGGCCCACUCAGAGACGGUGUGCUACCUGGUCAUCAUCAUCAACCACAUGGUGUCGGCCUCGUGCGCCACCCUGGUCCUUCCCAUCACCAUCUUCCUCUGGGCCAUGCUGUCAGUGCCCCGGCCCAGCAAGCGCUACUGGAUGACUGCCAUUAUCUAUACUGAGGUCACCAUUGUCAUCAAGUACUUCUUCCAGUUUGGCUUCUUCCCUUUCAACCAGAACCAGAAGAUAGAUAAGAAUAAACCAUAUCACCCUCCUAAUAUCAUUGGUGUGGAGAAGAAGGAAGGUUACGUCCACUACGACCUGGUCCAGCUACUGGCUCUCUUUUUCCACAGAUCCAUUCUGAAGUGCCACGGUCUAUGGGACGAAGACGACCCCAAAGAAAAGAGAGCGCAGUCUCGUCAGAGUGAGUCAGAGGACGAGUCGAAAGGCAAGGAGGAGAGCGAUAAGGAGUCGGAGCCUGCCUCCUCGAUGAUCAGUGAGAGGAGAGGCUCCAAUCAGACCUUAAGAUCUAUAAACUUCGGGACCUCCAUUGAGUCAGGACACGUCCAGAUGCACUACCCACAGCAGCAGACCUACCAGCGUCGCAAGAGCUCCAGCGGAGGCUCGCUCAUUUCUCGCCCAUCGCUCCACUCCUCUGCAAGGUCCAAGAGAGGAAGUACCGCUUCCAAAAACAGCAGCUGCAAGGAGGGCAGUGAGGCCAGCGUCCAACAGAAGACCCGCAAACAGAUGAUCAUGGAGAAGCUGAGGGAGCAACUCUACAAAGGAAAAGCUUUCAUCAUUAAGCGGUUCAUGGAGAUCUACCUUCCCAUGAGGCAGUUCUUCCAUAACUUGAUCCAUCCAGAGUACAGCGCCGUCACAGACGUCUAUGUGAUGAUGUUCCUCGCCGACACGGUCGACUUCAUCAUCAUUGUGUUUGGAUUCUGGGCGUUUGGUAAACACUCAGCGGCAGACAUCACGUCGUCUCUGUCGGAGGAUCAGGUGCCGGGACCUUUCCUGGUCAUGGUUCUGAUCCAGUUUGGGACCAUGGUUGUGGACCGGGCCCUCUACCUCAGAAAGUCCGUCAUGGGAAAAGUCAUUUUCCAGGUCAUCCUGCUCUUUGGCAUCCACUUCUGGAUGUUCUUUAUCCUGCCGGGAGUCACGGAAAAGCGUUUCAGCGAGAACAUAGUCGCUCAGAUGUGGUACUUUGUCAAGUGCAUCUACUUCGGCCUGUCAGCCUAUCAGAUCCGCUGUGGUUACCCCACCCGCGUAUUGGGAAACUUCCUCACCAAGAGCUACAAUUAUGUCAACCUCUUCCUGUUCCAAGGUUUCCGCCUGGUGCCAUUCCUGACAGAGCUGCGGGCCGUGAUGGACUGGGUUUGGACCGACACCUCGCUGUCUCUGUCCAGCUGGAUCUGUGUGGAGGACAUCUACGCUCACAUCUUUAUCCUCAAAUGCUGGAGAGAGUCUGAGAAGAGGUAUCCCCAGCCGCGAGGCCAGAAGAAGAAGAAGGUGGUGAAGUACGGGAUGGGAGGGAUGAUUGUAGUCCUUCUGAUCUGUAUCGUCUGGUUCCCGCUGCUCUUCAUGUCCCUCGUUAAGUCUGUUGCCGGGGUCGUCAACCCACCGCUGGAUGUUUCGUUUGAAAUCACUCUGGCUGGCUUCCAGCCCAUCUUCACCAUGAGCGCUCAGCAGAAUCAACUGCAGAAUGUGACAGCGGAGCAAUUUCGCAAAUUUAUGGAGAUGUAUGGUAAAAACGAUGUAGCCCUUCAGUGGCUGGAGGGCUACACGUAUGAGGACCUUUGCAUCGCACAGCUGAAAGGCAGCUCCAACUCUCUGUGGACCAUCAGUCCUCCCAGCAGAACAACACUGAUAGAUAUGUUAAAUAACACGGAUGAGGAAUUCCUCAUCACUGUGUCCUGGACUGUGCAAAGAAACUUAACUCUUGGUGCCAAGUCUGAAGUAGCAUCUGGAAAACUGGUGAACAGACUUGAGGACAACACAAGGAUGAAACUCAUCUCGCUCCUAAACGGAGAUGACAACACAACAGUGAUCCUACCAGAGGUCUUCCCCCGUUACAUCCGAGCCCCCAGUGAUUCAGAGUCCAAGACUGUUGAUCUCCUUAGUGAAGGUGAAAAGAAAUUGAACAUCACCUUGUCCUUGUGGCAAAUAGGAAAAAACGAUCAGAUGCAGGAAUGGUGGGUCGUCAAUCAGACAGAGCCUGGCCCAAUAAAGAGGCCCCAAAGAAGAGAGAAAGAAGCAGGACUGGAACUCUACGUAUUCAGUGACCAAGUCAGCCCCCCCAGUCUGGGCUUUCUGGCUGGAUAUGGGAUCAUGGGCCUGUAUGCCUCGGUGGUUCUGGUCAUCGGUAAGUUCGUGCGCGAGUUUUUCAGCGGCAUUUCCCACACCAUCAUGUUCGAGGAGCUGCCAAACGUGGACCGCAUCCUCAAGCUGUGCACCGACAUCUUCCUGGUCCGAGAGACGGGGGAGUUGGACCUGGAGGAGGACAUGUACUCCAAACUCAUCUUCCUCUACCGCUCACCAGAGACUAUGAUCAAGUGGACCAGAGAGAAAACUCAGUGAAAACUCAGCGAGGGGACGUUAACCAAAGCUUUUUCUGGGAGGAGCCGCUCACUCAGAGAAAGUGGGUGGUCGCUCUGACGGUGUGAGCACAUUCACCUGCUGAGCAUCUGAGGACCAACUCUGUCCUUUUCAACUGAGCUCUGAUGGCAGUGAUAGAGUUAGCUCCACACUCAAACACUUUUCUGACUCAGAAACUGGUAUUUUAUACUAUUUACCGAUGAAAAACAACAAUUGCAGUCAUGUCAUUAUUAAUAACUGAGGGCAACUUUGCUGGUGCUGUAUUUAUCUUGAUCAGUUUGGCAUCCAGUGGACAAAACAAGCAGCUGGUGUUCAGUUGGAGAAGGUGAAGUCCUUAAAAAUAAAAGUGCUAUCUUUAAUAUAUUAGUAGGUUUUUAAACUCAGAUUCCCAGAAGCCUCAUUGCUUUUCACGCCUGCCUCUAGCAUUUUCACAGUCGCAAGGUAGGCAAAGAGAAGCUCCACCUGAAUGCAGCGAUAAUCUUUAAGGGCUUCCAACCAACAAAUAAGUGCACAAUAAUGACCACAUGAGCACAAUCUCAGAUUUUCUCCAACUGGAACGCUUGGAUCGUGGGACUGUGCAAUAUUGAGCUCUCAUUCCUCCAGGUAUUCGAAGGAUGCUGACUGAGAGAGAAGGCCUCUUCUGACAAAGAAACAUGAACACAGAUAAUCUUUUGUUUUAGAUGUCAAAGGCCACAUGGGAGCCUCACAGCGCAGAAAACAUGAUCAGACAUUUUUAUGAGAAGAAUUGAAACUCUUAUCAACUACAUAUCUUUCUCAGGAAGAGCUGUUUUCACAGCUAGUCAUCAUAUGAAUUAAAUGUUACAAUAUGUAGGCUUUGAUGGAUCUAAAAGAAUAUGAGAUUGUAGAAGAGAUGAAAACUAUUUAAAUGGCAUGAAAAUGAAUGUGGAUAUUGUUCAGGUGGACUGAUACUGAGUAUGUUUACUGCACAGGGAAACUGUUUUGAGUCUGGAUUAAGAAGGUCAGUGUAGCGCUGUGGACUGUUUAAUUGCCAAUCAUCCAUGUUUUGGAAUCAUCUACAGGUUGGCUUGAGUCGAGACCAGCAGAGGGCUGUUUCUGAAUCAGGGUAACGUGCAUUAGGUGGUUGACUCUUGCACAUCCAUUGUGAACCUCUCGCUGUUUUUAACAUUUCACACUCACGAUCACUGUGGCGCCCACAGCUGUGCAUUCAAGGAAGCAACGAGCAGGCACAAGGAAAGAUUCCUCACAUGAAGGGCUGAAACAGGAAGCCCUUUGGUCCAAACUAUGCAUUAAACGACAUUGUAGCAUGAUAGGAAAAACUUCAUUAUUGUCAUGACUAAUUUUCAUUACAGUACAUGUACAUACAAGUUUAAGGGGAGAGGUCAGGGCAGAAUGAAAUGUGAAACUGUACCUGUAUGUUAAGGCAGUGUGGUAUGAUAGAGGUCCCGAGAUCUCCAAAUAAAACAUCUGGAAAGGUA